AUGAUUGCUUAAUCUCCAAAUUUCAAGUUGAAUCCUAUGACUCCAUUAAGUGUACAUCACAAAAUGGCUAUAGUUGAAGAUGAACCAGAUGACUUGGAAUUAGAAUAAUAAAAAAUUUCAUUUAAUGAAAAUUUGAUAGUUUGUACAUACAAACCUAAUCAAAAUGUUACUAACAUAUAAAAAACCAUUUUAAAAUUGAAAGGUCAACCAAAUAUUGGUUGGGUCAAUCCAAUUUUAAAGGAUGAAAGAAAUAGAUCAACCUCAAUCUUGAAGUGCUCUCAAUCACCUACAAGAAUUUGUUCAAUUUGUAUAUGA